UUAUUGAUGGUACUUGGCAGCCUCUAGAAGAAGAAGAAAGUAAUUUAAUUGAGCAAGAACAUCUCAGCUGUUUUAGAGGUCAGCGGAUACAAGAAAGUUUUGAAAUGGAUGUGUCAAAAUCCAUAGAUGGAAAAGAUGGUCCAAGAAAAAUGCCAGAAGUCUUCUCAUUACCUUUGACAGGCUUGAGAUGUACAGACCUUCUUCCCCUGAAGUUGAGUUUAUCCAAGUUGCCAGCUUUUAUAAAGGGAAAAGUUACUGAGUUGUAAGAGUUGCCUACCACCUCCCUCCCUUCUCCCUCCCUUCUCUGUUCAAAUGGAGAGGAUAUAAGGCGAGUACAGAUGCGGCAGGUCUUAAACGAAAGCGUUUCCAAGCUGUUCAUAGUUUCAAGUUGAGUCGAAAUCAUGUGGACUGGCACAAUAUGGAUGAAGUAUAUAUUUAUAGUGAUGCAACAACAUCUAAAAUUGCAAGAACAGUUACCCAAAAACUGGGAUUUUCUAAAGCAUCAAGUAGUGGGACCAGACUUCAUAGAGGUUAUGUAGAAGAAGCCUCAUUAGAAGACAAACCAUCUCAGACUACCCACAUUGUAUUUGUUGUGCAUGGCAUCGGGCAGAAGAUGGACCAAGGAAGAAUUAUCAAAAAUACAGCCAUGAUGAGAGAGGCUGCUAGAAAAAUAGAAGAAAGACAUUUUUCCAACCAUGCAACACAUGUUGAAUUUCUGCCUGUUGAGUGGCGGUCAAAACUUACUCUUGAUGGAGACACUGUUGAUUCCAUUACUCCUGAUAAAGUACGAGGUUUAAGGGAUAUGUUGAACAGCAGUGCAAUGGACAUAAUGUAUUAUACUAGCCCACUUUAUAGAGAUGAACUAGUUAAAGGCCUUCAGCAAGAGCUGAAUCGAUUAUAUUCCCUUUUCUGUUCUCGGAAUCCAGACUUUGAAGAAAAAGGGGGUAAAGUCUCAAUAGUGUCACAUUCACUGGGAUGUGUAAUCACUUAUGACAUAAUGACUGGCUGGAAUCCAGUUCGAUUCUAUGAACAGUUGAUGGAGAAGGAAGACGAGUUGCCUGAUGAAGAAUGGAUGAGCUAUGAAGAACGACACCUUCUUGAUGAACUCUACAUAACAAAACGACGGCUGAGAGAAAUAGAAGAAAGGCUAAAUGGAUUGAAAGCAUCAUCAAUGACACAAAUACCUGCCUUGAAAUUUAAGGUUGAGAAUUUCUUCUGCAUGGGAUCCCCACUAGCAGUAUUUUUGGCAUUGCGUGGCAUUCGCCCAGGGAACACUGGAAGUCAAGACCAUAUUUUGCCCAGAGAGAUUUGUAACCGGUUACUAAAUAUUUUUCACCCAACAGAUCCAGUGGCUUAUAGGUUAGAACCGUUAAUACUGAAACACUACAGCAACAUUUCACCUGUCCAGAUUCACUGGUAUAAUACUUCCAAUCCUUUACCAUAUGAGCAUAUGAAGCCCUGCUUUCUCCACCCAUGCAAAGAAUCUACCUCCAUUGCUGAGAAUGAAGGCAUUUCCACAAUACCAAGCCCUGUGACCUCACCUGUCUUGCCUCGCCGACACUAUGGAGAAUCUAUAACAAAUAUAGGCAAAGCAAGCAUCUUAGGGGCUGCUAGCAUUGGAAAGGGACUUGGAGGAAUGUUGUUCUCAAGGUUUGGACGUUCAUCUACUGCACAGCCAUCUGAGACACCAAAAGACUCAAUGGAAGACGAGAAGAAGCCAGUUGCCUCACCUCCUACUACCACUGUGGCAACACAGACCCUUCCACAUAGCAGUUCUGGCUUUCUUGAUUCUGCAUAUUUCAGACUUCAGGAGUCGUUCUUAAAUCUCCCACAUCUUCUUUUUCCGGAAAAUGUAAUGCAGAAUAAAGAUAAUACCCUCGUGGAAUUGGAUCACAGAAUUGACUUUGAACUCAGAGAAGGACUUGUGGAGAGCCGCUAUUGGUCAGCUGUCACGUCACAUACUGCCUAUUGGUCAUCCUUGGAUGUUGCCCUCUUUCUUUUAACCUUCAUGUACAAACAUGAGCACGAUAAUAAUGCAAAACCCGAUUUAGAUCCAAUUUGAACUUGUGAAGGACAUUAAUGGCCCAAUAAUGAUUUUUUUCUAUUAAAAUGUGUGUCAAGAUACAGAUUUCAGGUUUAAGUAUGUUUCAGUUUUGUUUAGAGCAAGAAAUAUUUGAAUUUAAAAGCACUUUAUUUUAUUUAAAAACAAGACAUUUUUCAGUCCAAAAGAAGUAAUUUACAAUUUUCAUCAUUUUAAUUAUGAGUCUGAUAGAACCCCCUGCAGAGAAUCAAGCAAGACUUGGAAGUAAGGAACAUUUGGGUGAACUUCAAGGUUAUAAAUCGCAAUCUAAUUUCUCCCAAAUAUAAAGGCAUAUUAAUGGGUCGAAUGUAAUGUAUUAACCAAAAUAUGUUAUAAGUCUAAAAUGGUCAUGAUGUAGUAUAUUCUAUGUAAAGAUCAUAAGGUGGUAUCAUUGUUUUAGAUUUCCACAAUUCCUUUGAAAGAAGAGUAUAACAUUUAAUGUUUUGAAUUUAACUUGUAGCAAAACUAAUGCUAAAAAAGAAACAAUAUUUGGACUACUGUAUUUAUAAUUUAUUAUCUCUGACAAAUUGCUUUAUUUCAAUGUAUGAAACAUUACUUUUUUAAAUGUUUUCUUUGAACAAUUUAAGAAAAACAUUUAUUUUCUAAAGUGUUAAGACCUUUUUUUUCAGAACGUCAUCUUUGUACUCUUCAGAUGAAUAUAUAGACACUGUGGCAUACCUUGAGUAUUUUUUUUUCAUUAAAAACUUGUAGUUUCACACAAAUAACACUAGUUGAAUUAUUUUGAAAAAAAAAACAGAACUUUUUAUUAUGUCACAUGUAUCUCAGAGAAAACUAAAGUCUUCUAAACUUAACAUAGUACUCCACAAGGAGUACAUUUCAUUAACUUUAUUGGAAAAUUUAGUAAACUUCUUUGGAAUCAAGAGUAUGACAACUAUUUUAAAUAUAUAAACAUCUAUGUGCCAAACAGCAUAUAUAAAGGGACAGAGUGCCACUAACAGGUUCUAUUUUAAAAGUGUUUCAGAAAACAUGAUUGAGACAUAAGGCACAAUAGAUCAGAAUUCCAAGGCAUUAGAAGAGUUUUCCUCAGCUUAAUCAUUUCCACAGUGCUUUUCAUCUGAGGAGCUCAAAGUGCUUUAAGAGUCAGUAAUCUAUGUAGUAGCUCCUCGAGGUAAGUAAAUGAGUGUUUUUCUCAUGUUACAUGUUAAUACACUAAGGCACCAAAACAUGUAAAGUGCCUUGAAUUAGAUAACAGAGCAAAUCAGAAGAGCUCAGAUUGAAGCCAGACCAUAUUCUUUGAUAGCAGUGACUAAUAAUUCACAGGUUACCUCUUAGUAGUUUGCAAACAGUAACAGAAGUUGCAAUUCAUAAUUUGGAGAAAUGGCUGACGCUAAUAUUUUACUCUGCUUGUCUUACACGUUCUUGGGUUCUCACACACAAAGGAAGAGUCACCUAGAGGGGAUCAGUAGCCGUCUCUGCCACAACCAUCCCUCACUUCUGAGUGGCUUCCACUAGGUUCCACUUAAGGUGCUGUCUUCACUUACCGCACAAGGAUCUUUCUAGCUUCCAGAAACCGUUAGCCUGGUGCACAGUUGGCCAAUUGCACAUCUCGCCUUCUUUCUUUAUAAGGCAGUGGGAUCUGUGGCUUACCUGUAGGUUUUACUCAGCACCAUCAGUCCUCUUGUCUAUUUUGGCCUUUCAUUGAAUUUGCACAACAUAAAACACUCCUUUUUAAUGUUUAAAAAGAUUCCAAGGCUCCAUGACCAAAUAAGUGACUAAGAAACCCUUGCUUUAAAAGGCUUUUGAUGAGAUCUUAGCAAAGCUGAAGUAAUCUCUUCUGAAUUUAGAGAUUCCUGUGAACUCAGGUCAUUUUCAUACCCCGCUUAUUUCCUAGGUCUAACUUAGUUCUCAGGAAAGUUAAACGCAUCUCAUAUGACUGUUAUUAAAUGUGCUUGAGCAUACGUUGCUGUGGGUGGUAUGGCACUCAAAUGCCUAAGAGCUUUAAGGAAUUCAUUCUUAACCACUAGAGUGCAAAGAGCCCUUUUUACCUGAGAAGAAAGUCUAUCAAACAUUUAAUAUUGAGUAAAAAGAAAAUUAUAUUUCCAUAACUGUAGGAAUAUAUGUCUCCCUUUUUUCAUAGUCAGAAAACAAAAUCAAACUUAACCACAUGGAAUUUGAAUCCUUGAAAGGAACAACAUUCAAAACUCCCUUUUCAAAAUGAGAUAUUCCAGAUUACUGGACAGGUGUUUUGUUUUCAGUUCAUUACUUCAUCAACAGAGAUGGCAAUUCUGAUUUCACGGUACUCUUCUUGUUUCUAUGUCUGCAUGUUAUCAUGUAAUGUACUUGUGUAAUCUCAAGUAAUAUACAGAAUAUGUAUGAUUCUGGCUUUAGAAGCUAAGUCAGUUACUGAGUAACAUUUUACAACUUUAUUCCAGCAAGUACUAAAUUGGCCAAAAAUUUGUUUUUGAUACCAUUAAAAUUUUAUUCUCUA